CGCACGCAUCCGCACCAUUCAAAGCUCCUAGCCGCAACACCAUGCGCUCUUCGGCGAGCCUCCUACACCGCGCCAGGGAUGUCACAGCCGGCCCCAGCAAACAGUCUCCAUCGCCUUCCCCGCUGCCGCCGCCUCUGCCGGAGCACCAACAGCCGGCGCCGGCGAUGGCGGUGGACUCAGACAUGGCGGUCAUCUUAGCGUCUCUGCUCUGCGCUCUCGUCUGCAUCCUCGGCCUCGCACUUGUCUCCCGAUGCGCAUGCCGACCCCGACGCUCCAGCUCCUCUUCCUCCGCCAACCAAUCCCCGAAGGGCCUCAAGAAGAAGGCCAUCGACGCGCUCCCCACCGUCUCCUUCGCUGCGGCCGACGCCUCACCGAAGUCUUCAUCAUCAUCAUCAACGGCGGCGGCAUGCUCAUCGCCGUUGGAGUGCGCGAUAUGCCUGGCAGAAUUCACCGACGGAGAGAGUGUGCGCGUGCUCCCGCGUUGCGGCCACAACUUCCAUGUGGUCUGCGUCGACGCCUGGCUCCGAACGUGCGGCACCUGCCCGUCCUGCCGCGCCCCCAUCGUCGCCACACCGGCUCAGCCACUGGUGACGCCAACGGUGGUUGUCGUGGUGGCUGCGGCGAAUACGAGGUGCGGGAGGUGCGGCGAGGUGGCAGCGCCGGCUGGUGGUGGGGAUAGCACGUUAUUGCCGUAGCUUUUUAUCUUAUCCAUUCAUCUUCUUGUGUUUUUUUGGGUACUUACUCAGUUCCAUAUUAGUUGUUGCUAAUUUAGUGGGAG